AUGAUACUUGGACCCUUGAAAGCUAGCUGGAGAGAUUUCCAAAGAGCUGCUAACAUUCCGAAUUCCCUUCCAUCAGGGGCAGGGAGCAGAGCAUCCAGGACUACUAUGCCUGGCCAAGACCACCACCAGCUCUCAGAGGGGGAGCAUCCAUCGGUGACACUGUUUCGCCAGUACCUCCAAAUCCAGACUGUGCAGCCAGAACCCAAGUAUGAGGAAGCUGUGCUUUUUUUGGAGAAAAUAGCCAAGGACUUGGGCCUUGAGUGUCAGAAGGUGGAGGUGGCCCCAGACCGAGUGGUGACAAUAUUGACCUGGAGAGGCACAGAUCCCAGGCUCCGUUCCCUUGUGCUUAACUCCCAUACCGAUGUGGUGCCUGUCUUCAAGGAACACUGGAAUCAUGAUCCUUUUGAAGCCUUCAAGGAUGCCCAAGGGAACAUUUUUGCUCGGGGUGCUCAGGACAUGAAAUGUGUUGGCAUUCAGUACCUGGAGGCUGUUCGGAGGCUAAAAGCAGAAGGGAAGUCUUUUCCCAGGACCAUUCACCUGACAUUUGUCCCAGAUGAGGAGGUUGGAGGACACAAGGGCAUGGAGCUGUUCGUGAAACGGCCAGAGUUUCAGGCUCUAAGAGCUGGCUUUGCCCUCGAUGAAGGCUUGGCUAGCCCUACAGAAACCUUCACGGUCUUCUACAGCGAGCGGAGCCCCUGGUGGCUGUGCGUCACCAGCUCUGGGAACCCAGGCCACGGCUCGCGUUUCAUUGAGAAUACGGCCGCAGAGAAGCUGCAUAAGGUGGUCACCUCCGUGCUGAAGUUCCGAGAGCAGGAGAAUCAGCGGCUCCGCUCCAACCCCAACCUGAGCCUGGGGGCCGUGACCACGGUGAACCUGACCAUCCUGAAGGGAGGAGUUGCCUUCAAUGUGGUGCCGGCCACCAUGAGCGCCAGCUUUGACUUUCGAGUUGCUCCAGAUGUGGACCUCAAGGCCUUUGAGGAGCAGAUUCAGGGCUGGUGCCGGGAGGCUGGGGAAGGGGUCACCUACAAGUUUCACCAGAAAUGGACAGAGCCCCGAAUCACAGCCACAGACGACUCCAACCCGUGGUGGGCCGAGUUCAGCAGAGUCUGUAGGGAGAUGAAUCUCAGUGUGAAGCCCGAGAUCUUCCCAGCUGCCACCGACAGCCGGUACCUCCGAGCCGCAGGGGUCCCAGCGCUGGGCUUCUCCCCGAUGAACCACACCCCCGUCCUGCUGCACGACCACAACGAGUUCCUGAACGAAGCCGUGUUCCUUCGGGGCAUUGACAUCUACGCCCGCCUGCUGCCUGCCCUGGCCAGCCUGCCGGCCCUGCCCAACGAGUGCUAACUGCGGCGGCUACCAGCAGCCUACGGCCCCUCCUAGUGCCUUCCCCUCCCCACCGCUCGGGCCUGGGGGCUCCCCUUAGCUCCCCUUAGGAACCAAAGACCCAGACCUCCAAUAAAGCCUCGUUUUGGUGCUGA